AGACUGCUUAUUUUAUCGCAUCACUUCCUUUGCAAGCCUUGCUUAAACUCAUCUGUUAAUGUAUUGAUGGUAUCCAAUUCUUGGCACCUCUUCGAACAACAAUUGUAUGUAUAGUGGAAAGGAAUGUCUUCGGCUUAUUUAUAGAUUAAAAGGUUGAAAUGUCAGAGUAUUUUCCUGGGCUUCGUAUUGGAGAAACAUUAGAGAAGUUCUUAGACCGGAAGGUUCGACCCGAUACUAGCUUUUUAAACAGUUGUGGGGAAGUUAUUAAUACAGUUGUUCGUCUUAUACAUCAACACCCAAAUUAUAACAUCAAAGAAGUUAUUAAGGGAGGGUCACUUGGAAAGGGCACGGCAGUAAAGGACCAUUCAGAUGUCGAUCUUUUGGUAGUGAUCAACAAUUUUCGAAAAAUAGAUGAUUUACGUGAACAGUUACCAGAAAUAAUAUCUAGCUUCGAAGAAUAUUUACUUGCUGCAGUGAAAGGCGAAACCAUAAGAAUUAAGAUUAUAAGACAAACUCCAUACACUCUUCAAUUUAAAGUGUGUUGUGUUGAAGACGGAGAUUGGUUUGAUGUAGACUUUCUGCCGAUAAUUGACGUCAUAAAUCCGUUUAAUGUACGUAGAAGUUUAGAGAUAGUAUACAAUGAGAUGGAAGAAAAAUAUCAAAACAGAAACUAUUAUGCUAAAUGUGUGGCGAGGCAACAAGUUGACUUUGUGAAACGUGUGCCUUCUAGAGCAAAAGAUUUAAUACGUUUGUUUAAGUACUGGAACUAUUACGAAAAUGUUGGCUUAUCAUCGUUUUGUAUUGAGUUAUUGGUGAUCCAUAUUUGGCAAAAGAAAGACAGUCCAAACAACUUUGAGAUGGCACCUAUGAUUUAUGACGUUGCCUAUCUGAUUUCGUUUUUUAAGGAAACAACUAUCACAUUUGAGGAUUUCUAUAAUCCAGCUUACUAUAUUACAAAAUUAGAAAGGUCACCUCCUUACGUUUUGGAUCCAGCAAAUCCAUUUCAUAACGCUGCACCUCACAUGAGUGUCAAUGGAGACUAUAGUCGAAUUCAAGAGAGAGGCCGUAUGCUAUUGGAUAAUUUGGGGCAAGUAAUGGCAGAGUAUUUUCCUGGAAUGUGUAUUGGAGAAACAUUAGAGAAGUUCUUAGAUCGGAAAGUUCGACCUGAUACCAGCUUUUUAAACAGUUGCAAAGAGGUUAUUAAUACAGUUGUUCGUCUCAUACAUCAACACCCAGAUUUUAGCAUCAAAGAAGUUAUUAAGGGAGGAUCUCUUGGAAAAGGCACGGCAGUAAGGGGUCAUUCAGAUGUAGAUCUACUUGUAGUGGUCAAUAAUUAUCAAAAUGUCAAUGAUUUACGUGAAAAUAUGCAAGGAAUAGUCUCCAGUUUCAAUCGUUACUUGCUUGCCGCAGUUAAAAAAGAAGCCAUUGAAAUAGUGAUCAUAGGACAGACUCCAUUUACACUUCAAUUUAAAGUAUGUUGUGCUGUAGACAGGGAUUGGUUUGAUGUAGACUUACUUCCGGUCAUUGACGUCAUAGAUCCAUCAAAUGUACGUAGAAGUUUACAGAUGGUAUACGAUAGGAUGGAUGAAGAGAAUCAUAACAAAGAUUAUUAUGCUAAAUGUUUGGCGAAGCAACAAGUUGACUUUGUGAAACGUGUUCCAUCUAGAGCGAAAGAUCUAAUUCGCCUGUUAAAGUACUGGAAUUACAACGAAAAUGUUGGUAUUUCGUCGUUUUGUAUUGAAUUAAUGGUAAUUCACAUUUGGCAAAAGAAAGACAGUCCGAACAGAUUUGAGAUGCAACCUAUGAUUUAUGACGUCACCUAUUUGAUUUCUUUUUUCAAGGAAACAAAAAUCACAUUUAAUGAUUACUACAGGCCUGCUCAAUAUGUUGCAAAGUUGACACCUCCUUAUAUUUUGGAUCCAGCGAAUCCAUUCAAUGACGCAGCACCUCACAAGAGAGUCAAUUACGACUAUAGUCGAAUUCAACACAGAGGACAUAAGUUAUUGGAUAAUUUGAGACCGGGCUCAACAGAGUUAGUAAAAGCAGUUAUAAAGAAAGAACCACAGAUAUCAAGGCAAAAUUUAAAACUCCACGACAGAGACGAAUUUAUGAGCAGUAGGCAUCAUAAGGAUGUCAGUAUCUCUAUUGCAUCAGAUACAACACCAAAAAGAUCGGGUUUAUGGACUGCCCUAGGUGUUGGAGCUGCACUUACUGGAGGGCUAUUAGCCGCGUAUGCUGUUCACAAAAUUACAACAAAAAAGGAUGAAUCGGAUUCAGAUUAAAACUUUUGAAACGUCAACUUUCUAAACAUUGCUAAUUAAAUAUAAGUAACAUUAAAGAUAAGAAAUUUAAAAUAAAUUCACCAGAUUAUGUUGAGUAUGAUCAUU